AUGUGCAGCAAGCAGCUGAGCACGAGUAACUCCUUUAAAUAUCACAUGCAAUUGCAUGGCGAGGAUCGUCCCCAUGUGUGCAACAUUUGCGGCGAUUCAUUCAAGACACGCAACGCAAACGAUGGCCAUGCAACGCUUCACAAUCCCAACAAAUGUCGCACGUGCGGCAAAACGUAUCGUCAGGCCUCUUCGCUGCGCUCCCAUCUCUUGAGCCACACCGGUGUCAAGCCCUUCACCUGCGACAUAUGCGGAAAGGGUUUAACACAGAAGUCCGGCUACAAGAAGCACAUGCUGACGCAGACGGGCGAAAAGCCGCAUACCUGCGACAGCUGUGGACGCAGCUUCCGCUACUCCAGCAAUUUGAUUGCCCACAAACGUUCGCAUUCCCGCAAAGUUUGUGCCGUUGAUCAACAAAAGGAGCAGCUCGAAUAA